AUGGAUAACCCCCCUGUCAUAGUUGGCGUGGCCUGCCGAGUGGCCGGUGCAAACAGUCCAAGCAAGCUGUGGGACAACAUUUUACAGAAAAAGGACUUGCGCAGGGAGAUGCCGCCGGAAAGGUUCAAUGUCGACGCCUUUUACCAUCCAGAUCGCCUGAAUAACGGAACGACCAACGCGCGCCAUGGCUACUUUCUUGACCAGCCAUUAGGUCAUUUCGAUGCCGAGUUCUUUGGGAUCUCGGGGAAGGAAGCAGCUGCAAUGGAUCCACAGCAGAGAAUCCUCUUAGAAGUGGUGUACGAGGCACUUGAAAAUGCGGAAAUUCCUCUGAAGGACAUCCGAGGCACUAAUACCUCGGUGUACUGUGGUACCUUUGCCAAUGCCAAUGACUACAAUUCACUACAGGCAAAGGAUCUCGAGAAUUACCCUAUCUAUGCGCUUACUGGGACAGGAAACCCAAUCCUCAGCAACCGCAUUUCUUACCUGUAUGACUUGAGAGGCCCUAGUAUGACGAUCGACACAGCCUGCUCUUCGUCACUCGUCGCGUUCCAUCUGGGAUCCCAAUCAUUAUUGAACGGUGAAUCUAGCAUAUCCAUUGUCGCUGGGACAGCCCUUCAAUUUGCACCGAACAUCUAUCAGACAAUAUCAGACAUGGGUUUUCUUAGUGAUGACGGCCGUUGCCGCUGUUUCGAUGCUCAGGGAGGUGGCUAUGUACGAGGCGAUGGUGUAUGUGCAGUCAUUCUAAAGCGUCAACGUGACGCAAUUUCCACUGGGAACAAAAUCCGAGCAGUGAUGCGAGGAACAGCAGCAAAUCACGAUGGGAAAACAGAGGGUAUUACACUACCAUCGGCUGAGGCCCAGGCUGCCCUGUUCCGAACGGCCUACCGCUCUGCAGGCAUAGACCCAGUGGAUACCCAAUACUUCGAGGCUCAUGGUACAGGCACGAGAGCCGGUGAUCCGCGCGAAGCGAGGGCCAUUGGUGAGGUCUUUGGAACAGAAAGAAGGCAGGAGCCGAUUUGGGUCGGCAGUGUCAAGCCCAAUAUCGGCCAUCUCGAAGGCGCUGCCGGUCUCUCUGGACUCAUAAAAACCACACUCGCUUUGGAGAAAGGAUUAAUCCCGCCUAACAUGUUGUUUCAUGACCCAAACCCGGUUAUUAAGUUUGAACAAUGGAAGAUCCGGGUGCCAACGAGUGAGACAGUUUGGAGCACCUUGAAUGAUAUGCCGCGCCGUGCCAGCAUUAACUCUUCUGGAUAUGGAGGCUCCAACGCACAUGUGAUCCUUGAGGGCUAUGAUAAUGGCAGGUGCGACAAGGAAGAAGGAGUUGACCGUUUAUGGCCAGCAGAGAAACGAUCAUACCUACUCCCAAUCACUUCUCACAGCCCAGAUGCUGGGGCCCGUGGACUGCACGCGAUGAUAGAGUAUCUGAAUAAUAAAGAUACGUUACGCAUAGCCGACUUGGCUCAUACUCUUACCACGAAGAGAACGUUGCACCACUGGAGAACAUAUUGCAUCGGCUACGAUCCACAGUCGGUUGUUGAGGGCUUGACUGCAGUACGCCCCACAUCACGCUGGGUAGAUGCAAGUAGCCCUGUGAAGAGAGUGGGUUUUAUAUUCACCGGGCAGGGUGCUUUGUCAUUCGAUACCGGUAGAGACUUGAUCGAGCAGUUUCCCUUGUUCCGUGAGGUCCUGGAAAAGUGUGAUGCAGUAUUACAGUCGCUUCGAGAUGGACCUUCCUGGACCAUUAGAGAAGAGCUCCUGCGCAGCCAGGAUGUCUCCAGACUAACCGAGUCCCAAUUUUCGCAGCCAAUUUCCACCGCCAUACAGCUCGCCUUGGUGUGCUUAUUGAAAGCCUGGGGAGUCACUCCCACUGCUGUCUGUGGACACUCAUCUGGUGAGAUCGCCUGUGCGUACGCGGCUGGGAUAAUCUCGCUCGAAGCAGCGAUUGUCAUUGCUUACUACAGAGGCGUAUAUAUGAGCCGAGGAACACAGACAGGUCUAUCUGGCGCCAUGAUGGCUGUUGGAAUGGGGCAGAGCUCCGCUAUGCAAGAGGUCCAUAGCUUUGAAGGCCGCCUGAACAUUGCUGCAAUAAAUGGUCCUACCAGUGUCACAAUAUCCGGAGAUAAAGAUGCUAUCAUCGAACUCAAGGAGUCCUUAGAUGGUCGUGGAGUAUUUACACGGCUGUUGAAGGUUGAGCAAGCAUACCACUCCCAUCAUAUGGUACCCCUCGCACCAGGAUACCAACGCGCCAUCGAAGAGCUCCCAAGCUUCAGAACCCAGAGUGCUAAUUGUCGCAUGUUUUCUAGUGUCACAGGACGAGUGUGCCAUGGAGACGAAAUGACAGCUAGUUACUGGGCUCAAAACAUGGUUUCUCCGGUCUGUUUCUCGGAUGCACUAACAGGAAUUGUCUUGGAUGAUGAGGAUCAACAAAAUGUUGAUGUCCUUCUUGAAAUUGGACCACACCCUGCGCUGAAAAGCCCAGCCACAGAGACAGUUUCUUCCCUGUCACUGACACUUCCAUACUUUGGAACACUAUCACGCAACCAGUCCGCUCAGAAGUCUUUGCUAGAAGCGAUCGGACAGAUGUUUUGUCUUGGAUAUCCCGCCAAAUUGGAAGCAAUCAACCAGAGACAGACCGUCGUCGACGGUAGCGUUGUUCACCAGCCAGCCACUGAGAGGCUUUAUGACCUUCCUUCCUACUCUUGGAAUCAUAAAGAUUAUUGGUUUACGACUCGGUUAGUGUCGGAGCACGUACACCGUCCAUGGAAACAUGCUCUUCUCGGUGCCCCUGUUCCGGGUUCAAUGAGAAACAUGCCGCGGUACCGCAACUACAUUCGGCUCAGCGAGCUUCCCUGGCUGAAAGACCAUGUAAUUGACUCCAAGGUUGUCUUCCCCGCGGCAGCUUUUGUCUGUAUGGCGAUCGAGGGUGCGGUACGGAUUGAGUCUGAGCGAGUUAACAUGAAGAUGAUCAAGGUCAGGGAUGUUUCCAUCAAAGCGGCCCUAACUUUACGGGAAGACUCGGAACAAGGGCAUGAAAUACUGACGGAGCUCUACCCCGCCACAACCUCGUCGCGCACAACGUCGGAUACAUGGUUUGAGUUUGUAAUAAUAUCCUACGAUGAGGCCAAUGAGGGGAUAGAACAUUGUCGCGGUCGGAUCAGCGUCGAUUAUGGUCUUCCCCAGCCAAUCAAACCAACCAAAACAUAUCCUCACCUAGAGGAUUUGUUAGAGCAGUCAGACCGCUACAUGACACCCUCGGCACUUUAUUCACGACUCGAGGACCUGCAUUCGGUGUAUGGUCCACGGUUCGCCCUUAUCAAAAAUGAUGUCUCCACGGGAGAUGGGUUUGGUGUGACAACAAUGUCUUUCGACCCCAAGUUUCAGACACCUCACGAGCUCAGUCAGAAAACAAUCAUCCAUCCAACAUUCUUGGAUGCCUCUUUCCAUGUUAUGUUUCUUGUCAUUGAGGCACUUCUGAACAGACAGAUGUCACAGGCAUUUGUGUCCACCUUUAUGGGGUCACUGGACAUCUCAGGCAUGCUUGUCAAGACCGCCGGCACGUCGGACGUGCAACAUUAUAACGUUUAUACAUUCACGGAGCUACCCAGUCCCAGACUUGCAAUUAAUGAUAUUAUAAUAGCUCAACCAAAUGGCAAUAUUGUUAUCGAGGCACGCAACAUUGAAGCUACUGCUGUGGAGACGCGGAGUGCAAAGGCGAGCAACCGAACCUUGUUCUUCCGGCAGCGCUGGCAGCCCUGUUUUGACUUUCUGUCGGAUAAAUCCAUGAUUCCUUUGGGAAGCAGAGAACAGGAUGUAAAUCAGCUACUAGACCUAUUCAGUUUCCAAUAUCCUAUGGCAAGAAUUCUCUACAUCACCUCCGAGCCAAAUAAGGUGCCAGCUAUUGUUGAGGAAUCUCUGUGGUUCAAGGGAACUCAACGGGCACGGUUCCAAGAACUGAAUAUCUGGGUGGUCGGGAAGGCAGAUCAACAAAUACUUACAUCGUUCAACAAAGGUUCGAUUUCAUCUACUGAGCCUACCGGCCGUUAUGAUCUGGUGGUGGUCGAUGCCAAUUUAGAUCACUUCGGGAAUCCGAAGGUUUCUGAAUUUUUGAACGACUCGGGUGCAGUCAUGGCAAAGGCGUCGUUUACUGGAGAGGGUGCUAUGGACCAAAUCCUUACACCUCAGCCGUGGGGCAUCUUCAGACCUGUACAUGCAACGAAACACGCUAUCGCUCCGCCAGAAGUAUCACUUGUCAUGCCAGCGUCAUAUCGACGGUCAGAGCGAACAGCAGCCGUUCUACAGCACUUACAAUUAUCGCAAAACAUCAACAUCGCUUCCACGAUGGAGCUCCAGGAAGUCCCGAAGUACGGCCUCGUCACAUCGGUAGUAAUUGUGCUUGCUAUCCUAGAUGAACCAUUUGACUCCACAGACAACACCUGGAUCGGCGUCCGGGAACUGCUACAGACUGAAAAUAUCAAGGUCAUUUGGCUGGUUGAGGGAGCGACCAUGGAGUGCGAAAACCCAGAUCAAGCCGCACUGCUCGGGCUUUUGAGAACAGCGCGGAACGAAAACCCAGAUUCAUUCUUCGUGUCACUUGACGUGAAAGAUAAAAGCACAGCUGAUUCAAUUGCCGAGCGAGUUAUCGAAGUCGCCACGUACGAUAAACAAGAAGAGGAGUUUGCUGAGCGAAAUGGGCAGAUCUACAUUCCACGAGUGGAGGAAGAUGUGGAUCUCAACCGAAAGCUCCCCCAUGGUGUAGGAACCGAACCACAACUUGAUAGAUUCGGUGAUUACCCAGCACUCACGCUUCGUAUUGGGCAGGUUGGGCUUCUUGAAUCUUUGCAUUUCGUGGAAAAUCAGGAUAUCCUGUCCCGUUCAUUGAGCGAUGAUGAAGUCGAGAUCAAGGUUGCGGCGUCAUCGCUCAACUUUCACGAUAUUGCAGUUGCCACGGGUAUUAUCCAGUACUAUCAAAUGGGCGACGAAUGUGCGGGAUUCAUCACACAAGUUGGUAAAAGUGUUGAUGAAACGGAGUUCAAGGUAGGAGACAGGGUUGUGGCUUUCAGCCCGGGUAUGGGGGCCCAUGGCACCGUCGUUAGACCACCAGCCAGGUUCUGUCACAAGGUUCCCAGCUCCGUAGAACUUACUGAGGUAGUGAGCCUCCCGGUGAUUCUUUCUACGGCUCUAUACUGCCUUGUGGACAUCGCACGGCUACAGUCUGGGGAAACGGUUCUGAUUCAUGCAGGAGCUGGUGGUGUGGGGCAAGUAGCCAUUCAGAUUGCACAAAACAUCGGCGCUCGGGUUUUCGUGACCUGCUCUAAACCAAAGAGAAGGUUUCUUCGCGAGCGUUAUGGUCUGGCUGAUUCAGAGAUAUUCUCCUCCCGAGAUGAUGGAUUCACUGCUGAGAUCCUCACCGCAACUAACGGCGAGGGUGUAGAUGUCGUCUUGAAUAGCUUGGCCGGUCAUCUAUUGCAAGCAUCGUGGGGAUGUAUCAAGAAAUUUGGCCGCUUUAUCGAAAUCGGGAAGCGUGAUAUACAUAAAAACUCAGGCUUAAACAUGGAGCCAUUCCGCCGCAACGCCACCUUUGCGGCCGUCGAUAUGGUGCUCGUGUUUCAGGAGCGACCGAGCUUGGGCCGCGAAAUCCUUGCCAGGGGCCUCGAUAUGUUCUGUCGUGGCAUCAUCAAACCCCCUUCGGAGCUGCAUACGUUUUCCUUCGGUCAGGUUGAAAAGGCCUUCCGGAUGUUACAACUCGGUCGCAAACCAGGGAAAGUGAUACUGAUCCCAAAGGACGAUGACACAGUCCUCGUAAAACCGACCCCAUAUCAACAACUGCCACUCUUCAUUCCCUCCAAAACAUAUUUACUUGUUGGUGGACUUGGUGGACUGGGAACUGCCCUUGCAGAAUGGAUGCAUCUUCGUGGCGCGAGGAAAUUCGCUUUUCUCUCACGCUCGGGUGCAACGACCCCGGAGGCUCGGAAAACUGUUACCUGGCUUCAGUCGAAGAGAGCAUCAGUCGAUAUUUAUCAAGGGGAUAUUGGUAUUUUGGCUGAUGUUAAAAGCGUUGUGGAUAGAAUCAGCCACAGCCUCGGAGGGAUUUUCCACGUGGCUGUUGAGCUCCACGAUGCCAUGAUCCGCUCUACUAGCUUGACGCAAAUUCGGAAGUCUCUGCACACAAAGUGCCAGGGAGCCAAGAACCUCCACGAGGCUUCUAUUGGUCUCAACCUUGACUACUUCGUUUGUUUCUCGUCUGUAUCAGACAUCUGCGGAAACAAAGGACAGGGAGCUUAUGGAGCGGCAAAUGCUUGGAUAGACGCCUUUAUGCGGUGGAGACGUGAGAAUGGCUUUGUCGCAACUGCAAUGAACGGCGGUACUGUCACCACUCGCGGUCUAGUUGCGAACAAUGUCACAGCCAAGCAAAGCUUGGAACGAAGCAAGUGGGAUAUUCUCACUGAAAAGGAACUUAUGUAUCUGGCAGAGGAGUGCGUCACGCUCCGAGAGCCCCACCCGUGUCCACCAGGUCUGGAUUGGCAUCAAAUAAUAGUCGGCGUCAAUGUCAAUGAUCCUGAUGUAUUCUGGGCGGAUCGAUCCCUGUUCCGCAACCUCUAUGCCAACAGAGCCUACGGGAAGGGGUUAACAACAGCAAAUAAUGCCAAGAAUAUUGGUUCCCUCAUUAAGACCGCAGGUGACAAAGAUACCUUGAAUCAGGUUGUACUGGAAGCCUUUUUAGGAAAGAUAGCAUCUGUUCUUGGUGUUGGGGUCUCAUCGGUGUUGGCCGACAACCCUUUAUCUCACUAUGGCCUCGACUCCAUUAUAGCUAUUGAGUUUCGAAGGUGGUUCACGGAGGUCCUUGAGGUCGACAUAUCUAUGUUUGACAUUCUCGCCGCGAAGUCCAUUCAUUCUCUCGUCUUGAAAGCCACUAGCUCAAUGUCGACAAACCUUGGUCACCAAGGCCAGGGGCAGAGGAAACAUGAAAGCACUCACACUCCCUCGUCCAUCAACUCCAACAUCCCAACAUCAAAGGGGGAAAUCAUUAGAUCUCUUACACAAUCUAAAGCUCAGGCUCCUUUGUCCACGUAUCAGAUGAGCUUGGCAAAGUUGAUCAGAGAGGAUUCGAAUAUGUCGGCCGUUGUGAACAUUCGAGGCAUGCCCUCAGUCGAAGGGCUAGAAGGCGCUUUCCGCAUUCUCGUCCACCGCCACAGCGCGCUAGGUACAGCUAUCCCUAAACUCGGGGAUAUAAACAUACAGUAUCACAUGGCUAUGGGCAGAUUCAAUCUCAUGUUUUAUGACAUGACCAAGUUGGACAACCCGGCCGACAAUAUCGACAAGUCAAUUUCCCAGAAAAGGAGACUCCCACUCAACGUACGAAAUGGUGAAGUCGGCGCCGCCAUCUUAUUAAGACUUGAUAGUAGUCUGCACAAACUACUUAUCAUUGCACAUCCUCUGUGUUUCGAUGGAUCCAGUCUGGCUAUCUUCCUCGAGGAAUGGUGCAGGCUUUAUGAUGUCAUUGUGAAUGAUCAGGAUACAACAACUGUCAAGCAACCUCAGCUUACAUACGGGGACUUUGCUUUGUGGCAAAGCGCUCGACUGAACAGCAAGGUGCCAUCACAUGCUAGGAGCAUCAGCGGAGUCUGUAGCAGACCAUGUCUGGACGCUAUAAGCAACUCAGCUCCCGCUAAUCAGCUUCCAGGUGGAGGAAGCGAUCGAAUCCGCGUUACCCUCUCCCUGGCGCCCAACAUGUUCUCACGCAUGAAGCGAAUAACAGCUUCUGUUGGAGCUCUGCCUGCCCAUUUUAUACUUGCAGCCUUGCAAAGCUUCUUGCUCUCGCAGAAUGGUGCUUCAGACACAUGUAUUUUUGUGAUCGACGAGGGAAGGCCUCAUGUGGAUGUAGAGCGAACGAUUGGUUGUUUCACCAGAAUUACUCCCGUCCGGUUUUCCAUUGGGUGGAACAGUAUCCUAACCUUCGAGGCUCUACUUCGAAAUGCUAAAGAAUCUGCAACUGAGGCCAUGGAAAAUACAGACGUGGAUAUUGCACGCAUUGAAAGACAUGGCUGCAUCUCUCCUGGAACCAGAGAAAGCUCUACAAUUACGCAGGUAGCCCUUCAAUAUGAGGGCUAUAACCAGGUGGGGAUUUUCCAAGCCGCAGACUUCGAUAUGUCUGUACAAGACCACAUGCUACUGCCAUUGCAGGUGCCUAUUUUCUUGAAAGCUAUUGAACGCGGCCAGGGCGCUCUUGCAAGAUGCCUGCAGUCUGAAAUUAUCUAA